CAGUCAGUCAGUGCUUGCAGAUUGCUACUGAUCUUCAGUCACUAUGUGGGCUGCUUCAGGCUGCUGGGGGGGCUUCUGUCUGCUGCUGUUUGCUGUCCUGUCCCCCUCUUUAGCUGUCUGCCCCUGUGAGGACCCGGCACUCUGUGAACCAAUUAAAGACACCAGGGAUUUUGAGGUUUAUGUAUUCCAUAGUGGAGGAAAACAUUGGAAGUCCUUUGAUUGGACACAGAUUACUACAAUUGCCUUAUUUGCAAAGUUUAACCCUGAACUCUUAUGCUUUGCCCAUUCAAAAGGAGUAAGAGUUGUAUUAAAAGGUGAUGUGCCCGUUAAGGAUAUAGUGGACCCUAAUGUUAGAGCUGCUUGGAUUGCAAAUAUGGUGAAGUUGGCUAAGGAACAAUAUAUGGACGGAAUCAACCUGGACAUAGAACAGAUAGUACUACAUAAUACCUCUGAGUACUAUGCUCUAACUGAUCUAGUUAAAGAAACCGCAGAGUCUUUCCACAAAGAAAUCCCUGGAUCACAGGUAACCUUUGAUGUCUCUUGGUCUCCUAAAUGCAUAGACCUUAGGUGCUACAACUACACUGGAAUAGCUCACUUUUCUGACUUUCUGUUUGUCAUGUCCUAUGAUGAGCAGUCACAGAUAUGGACAGAGUGUGUUGCUGGCGCUAAUGCCCCCUACAAUCAAACUUUAACAGGUUACAAUCAAUUUAUUAACUUAGACAUUGACCCCAAAAAGCUUGUAAUGGGGGUUCCCUGGUAUGGCUACGACUAUGUAUGCCUGAACUUAUCACAGAAUAACACGUGCAACAUUAAGAGUGUCCCAUUCAGGGGAGCGCCUUGCAGUGACGCUGCAGGUCGCCAGGUGCCGUACCGAGUGAUUAUGAAACAGGUGAACAGUUCUGUCACUGGGAGGUUAUGGGAUGAAACGCAGAAGGCUUCAUUUUACAACUACAAGGAUAAACUAGGAUUCCAUCAGGUUUGGUAUGAUGACCCUGAGAGUAUUUCACUGAAGGUCCAAUACGUGAAGAGUCGUGGUCUACGAGGCGUUGGCAUGUGGAAUGGAGAUCAUCUGGAUUAUUCUGUUGAUCCAGUAGCACAGCAGCAAACAAAAGAUAUGUGGAAUGCAUUGAGACCAUGAUAAUGGAAUUAGUUGCUUUAGUGCCAGCGUUUUGUGCCUUACUGGUGCUUAUAGGGACAGUAAACAUAAAAAUCAAUGUUGCAUAAUACUGCACUAUGGAUUAUGGAACAUUAACCUAACAGCUGUGGAAAAAUAAAAAAAAACAUAAUUUAUGUAAGAAUUUACAAGAUAAAUUCAUUUCUUUCAUAUUGGCAAGAAUCCAUGAGCUAGUGACGUAUAGGAUAUACAAUCCUACCAGGAGGGGCAAAGUUUCCCAAACCUCAAAAUACCUAUAAAUAUACCCCUCACCACACCCACAAUUCAGUUUAAGGGAUAGCCAAGUAGUGGGGUGAUAAAGAAAGGAGUAAAAAGCAUAAACAAAGGAAUUUGGAAAUAAUUGUGCUUUAUACAAAUCAUAACCACCAUAAAAAGGGUGGGCCUCAUGGACUCUUGCCAAUAUGAAAGAAAUUAAUUUAUCUUGUAAAUUCUUACAUAAAUUAUGUUUUCUUUCAUGUAAUUGGCAAGAGUUCAUGAGCUAGUGACGUAUGGGAUAUCAAUAGUCAAGAUGUGGAACUCCACGCAAGAGUCACUAGAGAGGGAGGGAUAAAAAUAAACAAGUCAUUUUCCGCUGAAAAAAUAAUUCACAACCCAAAAUAUAAAUUUAUUCUUCAAAUGACAAGAAAAACUUAAAACAUCAGCAGAUGAAUCAAACUGAAACAGCUGCCUGAAGAACUUUUCUACCAAAAACUGCUUCUGAAGAAGCAAAUACAACAAAACGGUAGAAUUUAGUAAAUGAAUGUAAAGAAGACCAAGUUGCCGCUUGCAAAUUUGAUCAACUGAAGCUUCAUUCUUAAAAGCCCACGAAGUGGAGACUGAUCUAGUAGAAUGAGCUGUAAUUCUCUAAGGCGGUACCUGACCCGACUCCAAUAAGCUUGAAGAAUCAAAAGCUUUAACCAAGAAGCCAAGGAAAUAGCAAAAGCCUUCUGACCUUCCUAGGACCAGAAAAUAUAACAAAUAGACUAGAAGUCUUCCUGAAAUCUUUAGUAGCUUCAAAAUAAUAUUUCAAAGCUCUCACCACAUCCAAAGAAUGUAAGGAUCUUUCCAAAGAAUUCUUAGGAUUAGGACACAAGAAAGGGACAACAAUUUCUCUACUAAUGUUGUUAGAAUUCACAACUUCAGGAAAAAAUGUAAAUGAAGUCCGCAAAACCGCCUUAUCCUGAUGAAAAAUCAGAAAAGGAGAUUCACAGGAAAGAGCAGAUAGCUCAGAAACUCUUCUAGCAGAAGAGAUGGCCAAAAGGAACAACACUUUCCAAGAAAGUAGUUAAAUGUCCAAAGAAUGCAUAGGCUCAAAAUGGAGGAACCUGUAAAGGCCUCAAAACCAAAUUAAGACUCCAAGGAGGAGAGAUUGAUUAAUGACAGGCUUAAUAUGAACUAAAGCCUGUACAAAACAGUAAAUAUCAGGAAGUUUAGCAAUUUUUCUGUGAAAUAAAACAGAAAAAACUAAGAUUUUUCCCUUCAAGGAACUUGCAGACAAACCCUUAUCCAAACCAUCCUGAAGAAACUGUAAAAUUCUUACAAUUCUAAAGGAAUGCCAAGAAAAUUCAUAAGAAGAACACCAAGAAAUGUAAGUCUUCCAAACUAGAUAAUCUUUCUAGAGACAGAUUUACGAGCUUAUAACAUAGUAUUAAUCACUGAGUCAGAGAAACCUCUAUGAUUUAACACUAAUCCAUCAAUUUCCAUACCUUCAAAUUUAAUGAUUUGAGAACCUGAUGAAAAAACGGACCUUGAAACAGUAGGUCUGGCCUGUUGGCAACUGGACAUCUGAACAAGACCUGCAUACCAAAACCUGUGAGGCCAUGUUGGAGCCACCAGCAACACAAACGAUUGUUCCAUGAUUAUUUUGGAGAUCACUCUUGGAAGAAGAACUAGAGGCGGGAAAAUAAAAGCAGGUUGAAAACACCAAAGAAGUGUCAGUGCACCCACUGCUUCCGCCUGAAAAUCCCUGGACAGGCAUCUGGGUAGUCUCCUGUUUAGAUGAGAGGCCAUCCGAUCUAUCUCUAGAAGACCCCAUAUCUGAACAAUCUGAGAAAACACAUCUAGAUGGAGGGACCACCCCCUGGAUGUAAAGUCUGAAGGUUGAGAUAAUCUGCCUCCCAAUGUCUAUACCUGGCAAAUACACCACAGAAAUUAGACAGGAGCUGGAUUCCGCCCAAGCAAGUAUCCGAGAUACUUCUUCAUAGCUUGUGGACUGUGAGUCCUACGCUGGUGAUUGACAAAUGCCACUGUUUGUGAUAUUGUCUGUCUAAAAACAAAUGAACAGUUCUCUCUUCAACAGAGGCCAAAAACUGAAGAGCUCUGAGAAUUGCACGGAGUUCUAAAAUAUUGAUUGGUAAUCUCACCUCUUGAGAUUUCCAAAACCCCUUGUGCUGUCAGAGAUCCCCAAACAGCUCCCCAACCUGAAAGACUUGCAUCUGAAGUGAACAUAGUCCAGGUUAGCCGAACAAAAGAAGACCCUUGAACUAAACGCUGGUGAUUUAACCACCACGUCAGAGAGAGUCAAACAUUGGGAUUUAAGGAUAUUAAUUGUGAUAUCUUUGAAUAAUCCCUGCACCAUGGAUUCAGCAAACAAAGCUAGAGAGGUCUCAUGUGAAAAUGAGCAAAGGGAAUCGCGUCAGAUGCUGCAGUCAUGAGACUAAAAAUUUCCAUGCACAUAACUACUGAAGGGAAUGACUGAGACUGAAGGUGCCGACAGGCUGCAACCAAUUUCAAACGUCUCUUGUCUGUUAGAUUCAGUGUCCAUGACUCUGUCUAUAUCUGGAAACCUAAAAAGGUGACCCUUGUCUGAGGAAUCAAGAAACUUUUGGUAAAUUGAUCCUCCAACCAUGUUUCCGAGGAAACAACACUAGUUGAUUUGUGAGAGAUUCUGCAGAAUGUAAAGACGAGCUAGUACCAAGAUAUCAUCCAAAUAAGGAAACGCUGCAAUACCCUGCCCUCUAGUUUCCAUAAAGCAGGGCACCUAGAACGUUUAAAAAGAUUAUUUGAGCGGUUGCUAAUCCAAAUGGAAGAGCAAUGAAUUGGUAAUGCUUGUCUAGAAAAGAGAAACUGAAAAUGAACUGAAUGAAUCAGAAUAUGAAGGUAUACAUCCUACAAGUCCAUUGAGGACAUACAAUGUUCUUGCUGAACAAAGGCAGAAUAGUCCUGAAAGUCACCAUUUGAAAGAUGGUACUCUUACAUAACAAUUCAAAAUUUUCAGAUCUAAAAAUUGGUCUGAAUGAAAUUUCCUUCUUUGGGACCAAUGAAUUGAUUUGAAUAAAACUCCAGACCCUGUUCCUGAAAAGGAACUGGCAUGACUAACCCUGAAACUCCAGGACUGAAACACACUUCAGUAAAGCCUGAGCUUAACUGGAUUUGCUAAGAUACGUGAGAGAAAAAAAUCUUCUCAUAGAAGAACUUACUCAGAAUCUUAUUCGAUACCCUUGAGACACAAUACAGAAUUUAUCCAAACAUCCUUGGAAAAAAAAACUUAAUCUGCCCUCUACCAGCUGAGCUGGAAUGAAAGUCGCACCUUCAUGCGGACUUAGGGGCUGGCUUUUUGUUUCUUAAAUGGCUUGGAAUUACUCCAUUUAAUGAAGGUUUCCAAAUGGAAUCAGAUGCCAUAGGGAAGGAAUAGGUUUUUGUUCCUUAAUUGACAAAAAGAACGAAAAUGAUUAGGAGCUUUAUAUUUACCUUUAGGUCUCUUAUUACCUUGGAAAGAAAGAGAUAGCAAUCUAGACUUAAAAAGUCAUAUCAGCAUUCCAAGAAUAAAGCCACAAAACUCUUCUAGCUAAAAAAUGGCUAAAGACAUAGAUCUAACAUCAAUCUUGAUGAUAUAAAAAUGGCAUCAGAACUGAUUAGUAUGUUGCAGUAAGCGAACAAUGCUAGAUAAAUCAGAAUCCAAUUCUUGUUGCGCUAAUUCUCCAACCAAAAAGUUGAUGCAGCUGCAACAUCAGCCAAAGAAAUUGCAGGCCUGAGACGACCUGAAUAUAAAUAAGCUUUCCUUACAAAAGAUUCAAGUUUCCCAUCUAAAGGAACUUAAGUACUAUCUUCCAUAGGAAUAGAGGUACGUUCAGCAAGAGUAGAAAUAGCCCCAUCAACUUGAGGAUCUUUUCCCAAACUCUAUAUUAAUUGCUGGAAAAGGAUACAAUUUUUUUAAAACCCUGAAGAAGGGAAAAAAAAGAAGUACCCAGCUUAUUCCAUUCCUUAUAAAUCAUAUCAGAAAUAGCAUCAGGAAUAGGAAAAAAAAACCUCUGGAGUAACCCCACGGAAGGUUUAAAUACAGAAUUUACUAGUUCUAAUAUCAAGAGGACUAGUUUCCACAAUAUUCGUUCUAACAAAGAACCAAAAAUACUUUAUUUAAAAUAAAUAAGUAGGUUUGUUAGUGUCAAUAUCUGAGGAAGGAUCUUAUGAAUCAGAUAGAUCCUCAUCAGAGGAGGAUAAUUCAUUUAUGUAGUCGGUCAUUUGAAAUUUCAUCAGCCUUAUGAGAAGUUUUAAAAGACUUUAUAAUAAUUAGAAGGCAGAAUAGCAGACAAAGCCUUCUGAACAGAAUCGGUAACAAAUCUUUAAAUUUCAUAGGUAUAAUGUACUUUAAAAGUUGAAGGAACAACAGGCAAUGUACCAUUUACUGAUGGACACAAUAUCUGCAUGUAAAAGUUUAUCAUGAUAACCAAUACAAAUGACAUUCGGAAAUAUAAUGCCCUUAGCUUUAGUAGAACCGACAUCAGGCAGCAAAGUUCCAACAGAUACUUCUGAAGCAGGAUCAGAUUGAGACAUCUUGCAAAAUGUAAAAUUAAAAAACAACAUAUAAAGCAAAAUUGUCAAUUUCCUUAUAUGACAGUUUCAGGAAUGGGGAAAAAAUGCAAUAGCAUAGCCGUCUGACAUAGAAAAAGGCAAGAGGCAAAUAGCAAUGGGGUAUUAAAAUAAUGAAAAAAAUCUGGCGCCAAGUAUGAUGCACAACAUAACUGAAAUUUUUUUGGCGCCAACAACAUUCAGAAAUGACACACGCGUCACUAACGACGCAACCCUGUGUAAGGAACUCAGCGGAGUCAGCGUCGACUACGACGCUGGAAAUGACGAACUUGCGUCAACAGACGUACCUUCGCGACAAAGAAUUCUCGUGCCAAGAAUGACGCAAUAAAGUCUAGCAUUUGGCGCACCCGCGGGCCUAAUCCAGCCCGCAAUUUGCAAGAAAAAUGUAGUCAAUUUGAAAAAAAGACUAAACCCCAGGUAAGAAAAAAUAUUUCUUAAUAUGUUAAUCUUCCCCAAAUAUGAAACUGACAGUCUGCAAAAGGAAAUACAUCAACCUGACUCAUGGCAAAUAUAAGUACAAUACAUAUAUUUAGAACUUUAUACAAAUGCAUAAAGUGCCAAACCAUAGCUGAGAGUGUCUUAAAUAAUAAAAACAUACUUACCGAAAGUCACCCAUCCACAUAUAGCAUAUAGCCAAACCAGUACUGAAACAGUUAUCAGUAGAGGUAAUGGUAUAUGUGAGUAUAUCGUCGAUCUGAAAAGGGAGGUAGGAGAUGAAUUUCUACGACCGAUAACAGAGAACCUAUGAAAUAGACCCCCGUUAGGAAAAAUCAUUGCAUUCAUGCAAUAGGUGAUACUCUCUUCACGUCCCUCUGACAUUCGUUGUACUCUGAGAGGAAUCGGGCUUCAAAAUACUGAGAAGCGCAUGUCAACGUAGAAAUCUUAGCACAAACUUACUUCACCACCUCCAUAGGAGGCAAAGUUUGUAAAACUGAAUUGUGGGUGUGGUGAGGGGUGUAUUUCUAGGCAUUUUGAGGUUUGGGAAACUUUGCCCCUCCUGGUAGGAUUGUAUAUCCCAUACGUCACUAGCUCAUGGACUCUUGCCAAUUACAUGAAAGUAAAGGGAUUUUAAAGAUUUACCUCUCCCCCCCCCCCCCACCAAAAAAAAAACAAAACAAAAAAAAACUGUACUUUCUUUACUGUCCUUUUUAGUCUCUUCUGCUUCUGUGUUUUUUGUUGUGUGGUUGUUUUUUUUUGUUGCUGUUUUUCUUCAUGGGUGCACUGUCUAAUAACAGCUCGCCAGAUUGAGGGUAAAGCAGCCAACAAUUUUACACAACGUAGGAGUGCACUACGUUUAGUUCAAUAUCUAAUCACAGCACGGGGCAGAAGAGACUGGAGAGAAAGAUAAGGUAAGUACAGGUUUUUGUUUUUUUUGGUGGGGGGAAAUCACUAGGUUCAUCUUACAUAAUUCUGCACAUUCCUACGUUUUACUGUCCCUUUUUAAGACUCCAGUAACUCAACCACACAUUUUGUCUACCAAUGGCACCUUUAAAUAGACAGACAAGGGAAUUUUUAAACAUAUUUCCGUAUUCGUUCUAUUAUAUAUAUAUAUAUUUUUUUUCUCUUUGUAUUUUUUUGUAAAAAAUACCUGAAUAAUGGAAGAAAAUGUUUGGA